CGGGAGCGCGCCCAGAGUGGUCGGCGGCGCGCACGCGCGGGGGACGGGGGGGGCCCGGGUCAGAAGGAGUCGGGGCUCCCGCGCAGGCCGCCGGGACCCCCCGGGCCGCCGCCGCCAUCAUGUACCGCUCUGGCAGCGGCCGCUCCGGCCCGUCGUCCUCCUCGUACUCUCACCGGCUCAAAGAGAGUGGCUCGGCGGGGUCCCGCGCCUCUCGCUCCAGCACAUCGGGGCCGGGGCCGGGCCGCGGCCGGCCUCCCCCGCCGCCGUCCCCUACCGCCGCCGCUACCAGCGCUUCGCCGCCGCGCCGCCACCGCUCUCCGUCGGGCCACCGCGGCGCUUCCCGCCGCUCCCCGUCGCCGCAUCGCAGCCGGAGGCCGCCGUCGCCGCCGGGAGGAACGGGAUCCGGCGGGACGCGGGGCCGCCGGGGGAGCGAGCACGGAGACAGCGGCAGCCGGAGACGUUCACCGAGUCUCCGCUCUGAGUCUUCACUGGAACAGAGUUUGCGGAUUACUGUUGGUAAUGACCGGUAUUGCAUUGGCACACCAGAGAGAAGGAGGCUGCCUGAUAGACUGGGCUCACCAAUUGAUAACCUGAGUGACAGGGAUGAUAUGGCUGAUGGUCCCAUAUUCACCAGAGGCCUCUCAGGCCCUCGGGGCUUAGAGAGAUACCUGUCACAUGAAGAUCAACCUUCAAGUCCCUUCAGCAUGAGACACGAUGAAGACUACCGCAACCGAGAUGUUUUUCUUCAUCGUUCAGAUUAUAGCCCACAUUACGGUCGGCGAGAAGAGCUGCCUCGCGGAUCUGACAGAGAUGGUGACAAAUUUAGGAAAUCUUUCUACCCAUCGAGACCAGAUGAGAGGGGACGAGAAAUAAAGCGUCCACGGUAUGAAAAAGAUGAGAAAUUGCAUUGUAUGAGUGGAGAGCAUCAAGGUUUCUCAUCAGGAACACGAAACUAUCGCAGACGAAGCCGCAGCCUUAGCCGCAGUCGAAGUCCAAGCCCGUCAUACCUAAAUGAAGAAUUCCGAGAGCUUGACCGCGCCAGGAGAAAAAGAGAAGAGGAAGAACGUAAUAGAAACUUGAAUCAUGAUGUUUCAGACAGUGGUUAUGUGAUCCCAGGCUUGACUAAUGCACUACAGACUUCUGAGCCUCGUUAUACAUAUAGGCCUGAGGAAAUACCAUCCAUGCCUAAAAAAUCUAUCUUGAAGAAGAGAGUAGAGAUGGAAGUAGAGUCUCCUAUUCAGCCCGAGGAGUUUUCUAGCAGCCCUGCUCCCAGCAAGGAUCUUCCUCUUCUUUCUAGUCAUUCACCUUUGCCCCAGAGCAACAACACAGCUCCGUUUUCCUCUGAAGUGGAGAACUUUCUCAAGCGAUUUAACAAAGACUCUGUGAUGGAGCCUGCAAACAAAGAGUUACAUGAUGGUUUAUAUGAGUGGAACCCACUUUCUGCGGCUCCCAAAGACACUUUUACCUAUGAAGAGAAGUUUGGAAGCUUCUUAAGUCACAAGGAAAAAAUAGAACCCAAAUCAGAGCCUGCUGAUCGCCAUACUGACUUCCUACUGCCUCAUGAGAGGGCCAGUCAGGAUGGCAGUGGUUUCUCCCGAAUUCUGGGCAUGAUGGCUGAUUCUGUCAGUGCUCAGGAGAAGAGGAGGCGUAGUUUUCCUGACAUCGAGGAUGAAGAGAAAUUUCUUUAUGGUGAUGAGGAUGAAGACACUAAUAGUGAAUCACACCUUGUUCAAAAGCCUCCUGUGAGUUGUAGCAGUGAGGUAAUGAACCAGAAGGUGAGCCUACCUCCUCCUUCUCCUGCUCCAGCUGUCAAGCUGGAUCCUUUAGAAGAGCCUAAUGCUGAGUAUGCCAAGAUUCAUGACUUACUCAAAACCAUUGGACUUGACAUUGGUGUUGCUGAAAUUGGGAGACUAGCCAUUCGUACUCAGGAACGCCUUCAUGGCAAAAAGUUGGCAUCCCGUUCUCCCGAUCGUCGCUCUUCAGAUACUCGCAGAACAGACCGUUGGGACUUACGUCGCAGCCGAAGUGACACUCGUUCUCCAGAGUCAGGCCAGCAGCACUCAGCAUCACCUCCCAUUUCUUUCCAGCAGUCUAAAGAUCCAUCCUCUCUUCAGAAAUCAGAAUAUACAAAGAACAAGCCAGGAGGACAGGACAUACCUCCAUGUGCACCAGAACAACCUCUUCCUUCCGUUUCUCUCAUUCCCUCAGUUCCACCAGCUCCUGCUAGUUUGCCACCUACACCUACUUCUGUUUCCCAAUACCAGAUUCCCAACUAUUCCCAGUUCACUACCACUCAGAUGCCCCCAAACUAUCCACCUCCCACACUGGCCCCUCCAGGAUAUGAUGCUUAUGGGCAUUAUAUGGCUUAUGCAGCUCCUGGCUGGACCAUGUAUCCCCCUACCCAGCAGCCUAAUCCUGCAUUGCCAGAGGCUCAUGGGCUUCUUACUAUGGCCAUGUCAGCAAACCCUACGCGUCCCAACCUCCGGGUUAUUGAGACAGUCUCUAUGAGAAAGGAUGCCGCCGAUGUGAAAAGAGACGGUUCUGUGCUUGUUCGUGUCCCUACUACUCCUACUCAUUCCAAAGUGCCCCUUCGUCCAUCUUCACACCCUCUCAAAAGUACCCCAGAAAAGAUAUCAGAUGAAAAAAAUCGAGCCGCUCAAAAGCAGAAGGUGAUAGAAGAGAGAGAAAAACUGAAGAAUGAGCGAGAAGCACGGCAGAAGAAGCUUUAUUAUCUGAAGACUGAACUGGACAGGCUUCGUAAACAGCAAGGAGAGAUGCUGAGGAAAAAACGACGUGAGAAGGAUGGUCACAAAGACCCCUUGUUGGUUGAGGUGAACAGACUUCAAGAGAAUAUUAUGAAGGAGAUUUCAGAGCUCCAUAAAGAAUCUGAUGCAGCAGAUAAGAAGCAAUCUGAGCUUGACAAAGUAGCACAGAUCUUGGGGAUUAACAUAUUUGAAAAACCCCGGAAACCAUCUGUGGAAACCAAAGAUUCCUCAGAGAAGAACAGCAAGUCAGAAAACACAAAAGGUCUGGAGAAGGCAACUUCUUCCAAUAAGGAAUCAAAACCAACUAAUGAAAAAUCCAGAGGCAGAAGCCCAAAGCCGGCAGAAUCCUCUUCACAAUCCUCCAAACAUCCUUUCCAGUUGGCCAAUAUUUAUGAAUAUUAUGAUGCAGGGAACCACUGGUGCAAAGACUGCAACACCAUCUGCGGGACCAUGUUUGAUUUUUUCACACAUAUGCAUAAUAAGAAACACAGACAGACCCUGGAUCCUUACAACAGACCUUGGGCUUCGAAGACCCAGAGUGAGACCAAACAAGACUCCAUAAAGCGCAUUGAUAAGAUAACUGUUCCUGCCAAAGGGUCUGAGUUUCUGAUUCCCAUCACUGGUUAUUACUGCCAACUCUGUCAUGAAUUUUUUGGAGAUCAAAUCUCAGCUGAGCAGCAUGUGAAAAGUCAUCCUCACAAUGAAAAAUAUAAGAAAUACAUAGAUGAGAACCCGCUCUAUGAAGAAAGGAGAAAUCUAGACCGUCAGGCUGGACUGGCUGUAGUUCUGGAAACGGAGCGCAGGCGUCAGAAUGAACUGAAGAGGAAACUAGUUGAGAAACAGAAAGAAGAGAAGGAUGAGAAGAAAGCAAAAAUAAUAAAGAAAGAGGAAACAAAGAACACCCCAGAGCUUGGAGAAGGAGCUAGUGAAACUCAAGACAAAACAGAUUCUUCUGGGCGAAAAAUGGGUAUUAAGCUUAAACUGAAGAAGGAAGAGAAGAAAGAGGACAAAAAAGAAGAAAAGAAGGAGGAAUCUAAAAAGGAAUCACCGAGUCAGACAUCAUUUGGGAAAUUCAGCUGGAAAAAGGCAGAGAGAGAGGAUAAAGCCCCAGGAGUAGCUAUUCCAAAGGAGGAGAGCACGGAGGGAAACAAAGAGGAGAACAAGUUUCAGUCGGGGAAACUCCAUGCCAAGUCCAUUGAAAUCAAGCUGUCUGGGAAAACUGUUAUUCCACACACCAGCCCGUGGACACCAGUUGCUUAUACAUCAACGCAGUCAAAAAUUCUACCCAACCUUCCAGUCCCCACUAUGAUUUUCAGGAAGUCUACUACUGCAACAGUUAGCAAACCAGCACCUUUGAACACUUUUUUAUCCAUCAAAUCCUCUGGAGCCACCACCAAACCACUACCCGUGGUAAAAGAAACGAAUGCAGAUCUUCUGCUGCCUCCAGAUAUUAUCUCAAAAGCUUUUGGAGGAGAAGAGGUAAUAUUAAAAGGGCCAGAGGAGGAUUUGAAAGCGCCAGAGAAAAGUGAAUCUUCUCAGACUUCUGAUAUACCGCCUCCCCCACCUCCUCCACCUGCAGUCCAGCCCACUGCUGUCAUUCCUGCAGAUGAAGUAGCUCCAGGUGUGUCUGAAAGUGAACAGACAAUGUUAGCGAUGCCUGUAAGGCCUCCUCCUCCACCACCACCUUCAACCGCCUUUAGUGAGCAGGCAAAAAAAAUAGAGAAGCGAAACUCUUGCCUGGCCACUGCCAAUGCUAAGGAUCUCUAUGAUAUUUUCUACAGUAGUGGUGGAAAGGGUUCAGCUGACAGCAAGCUUGUAAGUUCUACACUUCCAAAUGGAGAAAACUCUAACCUAGCAAAACCUGCAGAUUUUCCUGCGAACUCUAGAACAGACAGUAGCUUGUCCUCCUUUAAAGAGGACUCUCAGAAUGUGGCUACUGAAGUUAGCCAGGCCCACUCAGCUGAGACAGGCUCAGUAAUGGAGAAAACUGGUUUUCAGGAGACUUUAAUACCUAAUUUUGAGAUGAGUGCUGACACUGAAAGUGGUAUUCAGAAGGAUGUAGGUAAAAAAUUCCAGGCUCUUACAACAGAUAUUCAGAUUAAAUUGAAAGAUGGGGAUUCUUUACAGUGUAGUAAUCAAGUAAUGGGCAGUUGGAUUCUUGAUGAGAAUCACGCUGAAAGGAAUGAGAAGAUAUUUCAGCCUCAGCUGCCAGAAAUGUCAGUCACAGAACUGCUAGAAGCAAAACCUGCUUCUCAUAUUCAGAUGCCUGCAGAGAAGGGACUUGUGGAUAUAGCAAGUCAAGUGCAAGCAGGCAGCAAGGAGUUCUGUGAUCUGCAGAGAACAGAGAUCCAAGAGAGAGUUGAACAGGACGAUGCAAAUGAAAUUGCAGUUAGUAACUCAAAUGCCUCUGGCAUUUUGGAGAAAGACAAAGAGAUGAAAGACUGGGAAAUAAAAGCAGUAAAGCCUGAGCUUAUGCUAGAACAGAUUGAAAUUCAAAAUCUGGGAGAUCCCCAUUUGGAAGAGGAAAAUUUAAGUGAUAGCUGUAGAACUGUAUCAGAAACUCAUAGUCCACACUUGCUCAGUGAUUCUCAGAACAUUUCAAAAGAAAAACCUUUACUAGCAGUACUGACAGAGCAAAAUUCUAUUGAUGCCUCCUUAAAAGAUGUGAACCCAAACAGUGUGGCUUUGGAAGUACCAGGAGUCCUUGGCAAAACUCGCCAGAUUUCAGAAGCCCAAAAUAAGAUUUCAGAAUUGACAAGAAGUCCUGCUGAGUGGGAUGCUUCCAGAACCAGUAAAAGAGAAGAACAGGUAAUGGCAACCAGUUCUUGUUCUGAAAGUGGUUGGAAAUUAUCAAACACUCCAAAUGUAGAAAAGAAAAAUAAUUCUAAUAAAAUUAGUGCUUCAGAAUUGACAGAAAUAGAGCCAGAGACAUCUCUUAGCAACACAAAAUCUAGAAGUAGCACAUUAGAAGCACAAGAAAAAGUUAGACCAGAACUGUCAGGCCAUGCAGUAUUAGAUAAGCAAACCCAAAGGCAGGAGGUUGCUUGGUUAGUCAAUGCCUGCUCAGCAAGCAUUGUUGAACUCAGAUCCAGUGUAGAAUUAGUAGUUGAAGUUGAAAAGAAGUCACUAGGACACACUGGAUCUGAUGAAAUGUUAGGUGAUAUUUUUGCUAAGAGAGAUGCAAAAGAAGGAAUGGCGGGUUUUUCUGAUCUUGUUCAAGAGUCAGCAGUUGCUUUAUCAGCAGAUUUCAAUCAGCAUUUUUCAGAAGAGGCUCUCAACAAGCAAGCAAAGUGUGAGGCUGUAAGAACCUCAGCAGCCAAUGACUUUAGUCUGAAUACCACUCACUCAGGAUUUAAUACCAAGCAGUCUGAAAGUCUCUCUCUAAGUGUUAGUGAGGAUAACAAGAAAGAUUCCUUGAGAUCAGAAAAUACAAAAUGCAGUGAGACCCCCUCUGAGAAAGCAGAGCUAGAGUUCAAAAGCACAGAUUUUAAUCUGGGAAAUACUAAGACAAUACAUGAAGACAUCAGUAUCCUUCCAGCAGGAGUUUUAAAUACGAAUGUGAAAGAAGUUUCAAAACUAGAAACUAUUGCAUCCGUUAAACUGGAUUCAAACAAACUGAGCAAGCUGGGCAUUGGAAAAACAGUGGAUGAAACAGAGGUUACUGAUUAUGCCACGCUUACUUCUGGUAGUUGGGAAGAUAAACUUUGCACCCAGGUUUCUCAAACAGCUGCAUCUCAGCUUGGAUUGCAACCCUCAAACAAUGACACUAUGAAAGCAAUCAUGCCAGUUCCAGAAAUGCAGGGCAUUUCUACCAUGUCUGAAAGCCUUCGGCAAGUGGAGGAGAGCAAAGGUGGUGCUGCUGAAAUGCUAUCACUGAGUUGUGAUGGAGACAGCAGACAAAGUCCAGCAUCUGGUUGUGUGGAAACGUUGCUUCCUGGACUCAAAGAAACUCAUGGAAAGGAGGAUGGCUUAGGAGGCAAGGGACUAUGCGCUAUCCAGAGUAAGAAGACUGAGCAAACAGAAACCACUGACAGUAGUUUGGAAUCUACAACACAUUAAGGAAUGACUGAAAGCUUAGCAGAAAGCCCAGUGGGUUGAAAUGAACCCAGGCAGCCCCAAUAUUUGAGGAGCCGGAGCCGGGAUGAUGUGUAUGGGUUUUUUUGUUUGUUUUGUUCCAGUUGAGGUGUUUGGGCGCACUUUGCAUCACAAAAUCACAGAAUAUCAGGGAUUGGAAAGGACCUCAAAAGAUCAUCUAGUCUGAUCCCCCUGCCUGAGCAGGAGCACCUAGGACAUAGUAGCAUCGUAGGACACGGCUAAAUUGGAACUUAACACCAUCAGAAACCAGACACGUAUGUUAUUCUGUACAUAGUCAACUGUGUAAAAUGUUUUUUCAUGUGAAUUUUUUUGCCAAUUUCUUUUCUACACUUCUGCUAUUAAAAUGGAAUCUCUCGUUUAUAAUGCGUGCGUCUUUGUUGUUUAUUUUGGGGGCUUCUGUUCUUUGAACAUUUCUGGAUGAUUUCCCGCUCACCUUGCUUCUGUCAGUAGCAUCGCAAGUAGUCCGACCUCUGGGACAAGCUCAAGAACAGCAAUUUAGAACUUGAGGAAAUGGAGACUUGCAGAAGAACUAAAACUGAACAUUGUUUUAAACUGUAAUGCAUGGUUUUGUUUACUUUCAUUGUUUGAAAUGCAAGAAAUGUGAUUAAUCUUUUGUUUGUUUAUCUGUCUUUGUGAUUUGUAAUCGCUGCUGUGUUACAUCUGUACUUAAGCUGUUCCAUUGUAUUGUAUAAACACGUUUAUGGAUGCCACAUCACUAAUCAAGGGGAGAAAAUCUGUCCGACUGGCUUUUGGAGAAGAAGACUAAUCGGUAAGGCUCUGUGGCCUGACACCUGGACCAGACAUAUUGAGGUCACUUACAUGUUUUGAAAUGGGCUCUCUUUCAUUGUAUUGUGAUCCAGUAACUGUUUGUGUUAAAUCGUUUAGCAGCUGACCAGCUCUGAAGAAGUAGAAGAUCAGAACCCUGGUGUCAGGAAUUGGACUCGCUUCAUGUGAUAGAGACACAUGCAUGCCUACCCUGAACGAUCCUAGAGCUAGCAAAAGCUCUGGAGUAACGGUUUUCAUUUGUAUAGCUCGUUAAAAACUGAAGUAUUAAAUGUAUUUGCUUGGAUAAAUUGCACAUUUUUAUUUGUAAAUGGUUUAAAAAAUAAACAUACUGUGUUCAACAAGACUUUUUUUUUUUUUUUUUUUUUUUUUUGUAGCUCUAGGAAAGUGCUUAAUUUCAAGUACAUUCUGCCUCCUGUGGUAGUUCAUAAAAUUGAGAAGCUGUAGAGAAUGAAGAUACUCCACAGUUAGCCUGCUCAGUAAAAACAUGAUUUAUUCCCAGCUGAAGCCAGUGGAAGAACUUCUGUCAACAUCAUCGCUGGAAUUUUGUUUGAAAUCUUAAGCCUUUUGUAAAGGAGGGAGGGAAACAAGCAGAGUUCAUUCAUAUGUCUGUAAUCACUACCAGCACGUGAACUUUCAGAGGGAGGAAAAUGGCAUUUUUUCUUCUGUUUCCAUGACUGUGUAAAGAUAUUAAACAUUUUUCAGAGUUGUUAUUGUGCUUUUUAUAUUAGAAAUAUAAGAGUGCAGUCUGAAUUUGUAAAGCUAGGUUAUGUAGUCAAAUAAACCCCACCUAAAAACAUAAUUAAGAAAGGAGGAACUUUUGAGAGCGUUUUUGACUGCUUUUCAAUUUUAAGCAGUUCCGCAUUACAUUUAAGGAGAAUUUGUUAGUAUCGUUGCCCUACUUUCUUCAAAUAACCAUUUGCUGUCAAAAACAAAGAAAACAAGGUUUAAUCUGCUUUUGAUAAUUGGAAGUUCGGUGAUGGGUAGAGAUUGUUAAAACUCCAUUCUUUUUUAAAGUUCUUUGUAGUUGUUUCUCGUUUUUCUAUAAAUGUCUGAUUAUAUAUCUGAGCUUGUUUGUUCACAGUUGACAGCUGAAUAUUCUACUUUUGUCUUCUUAUCAGUUUCCUCAGUGAAGUGCCUGGUUCCUUGUAAAUCUAACGUGGCAGACAGGGGAUCUAAGGUUGCCUGCCUUGUAUUGAAGGAUGUCAGUGCAGGGAGGGGAGAUAGGAAGGGAAGGCUGGUUGUUUUUUUUUCUUUUCUUUUCCUGCAGAUCUGCAUUGAAAUGAUGAUGUUUUGGAAUACAGACCAGCUGGCUGGUUUCAUUUCUCAGAUCCAUUUUCAAGAAGGUCUCAGUAUAUGCAGUGGUAGAAAAACUCAUUUGUACGAUCUACUUCAGACAUCCUCAUUCAAUACUGUCUUACCUGUGUGGGAAGUGCUGUUGAUUAACUUUAUUUUGGUGGAAAGGACAUCAACACAAAUCCAAUAGCAUUGGUGUUCAGCACACAGCUCUGCUGGCCAGUAAUGAGGCUCCAAAGGAAAGCAAGAACUUUGCAAAUGAGAAGGGAAGAGUCGUUAGCUUGUAUUUGCCUUCAGCUUUCCAGAAGCUAAGUGUUCAUUUGUUACAAGUUAAAUAAUACUUCUUUUCAUGCCCUUUGGUCAAAUAGUUGUCCUGUGCCUGAGUGGACUGACAGUAUUCCACAUUGAAAGGUUUAUUUGUGGUUUCUUCUUUUUUUUUUUUUUUAAGGUAGGAGUACAAAAUACUCCUAGAACUGCUGGGAUGUGUAGGAACAAAAUGAAUGGUGGUAGACUGACAUGUAGGCAUAUAGGUGGAGGUGUUUGUUGUUUUCAUUAAGGUUUUGUGAAAUGGCAUGUAUAUAUAUAUCUAUCUAUUUUGUUUAUGUAUCUAUUUAUUUAUUUAUUUUUGCUGUGGUUUUCAGAGGCAUGCAGUAAAUGAUUAUCUACCGUACUGGUCCCCUGUGCUGGCAGAGCUGUAGCAUAGUGCACUGACUGGGAAGCCUUAAGUUCUAGGCUGGCUUUGGAUGCUUGACUUCAGAUCCUCAGGAGGAGGGGUGAGUUAAUGGAGGGGAAUUUAUUUAUGUGUUUGAAUAGUGCAAUAUAACAUGAUCUCUCCUUCCUGGACUAGUUCUUUACAAGCUGCAUAAGGGAGAAGUGCCUUUCUCUUGAUUUUUAGAAAGCUGCUGAUAGGAAAUAAAUAAGUCUACUUGAAUUUUUCUGUUUUUACGCAUCUUCAAAGCCAGCACAAAUACCUAGUAAAUUACAAGGGUGAUGAAUCAACUCCAGGCAUUUAUUUUAUACUGCAACUUUUACUUUGCCAUGUUGGAGGCUGGCAGAAAGAACGUUCUCUUGGGUGAAGUCUGUGGCAGAACAGUUUUUUUAUUAAGAGGCAGUAGAAGAGUGGAAAAGCUGCUGGCAUUCUAUGUAUUGUAAGUUAUUUUUGCAGGUUUCUUUUAACAUCUGUGGCUCUAUUUGGAAUGUAGAAACGGCCUUCAAAUAUUUAAAUUUUGCUGAAAACUUUAAAAACAAAAGUUUUCAUGGUUUAGACAAAAUACUGUAUGUUAUUAUGAUUAUUAUUAUUAUUCUGGUAGUCCCUUGAGCAGGUAAAUCUUGUUUCCAGCUUGCUGGAAUCAUUUCUUUGAGAUUUUACUAAGCAGCGUAUGGGCUUUUGGGAGGGUUGUAUGUUUAUUUUAAAUGGCGACUCUGCUGGGGAAGUAAUGUAUCAACCAGUGUUCUGUUACUAGUUUUUUCAAAUACGUGUCUAUCUUACUGGUAGAAGUUACAAGUAGCAGAUUGAGAUAUAGGGUCACUGCCACUUCUUAAUUCUUGGUAGGAGCAGAAAUAAAUUAGUAUCUAAGUGAAGCUGCACCAAGAUCUUAAUUUUUCCCCAUUACCACAGAUAAUUUGUAUUUGCCUACUUUCUUAGCUAUUUUCUUAGACUGGUAAAUCCCAAGUGGUUUUGGUUUUUUUUUUCCUUCUUUUUUUUUUCUUCAAAAUAUCAAGGGAAAGUAAUGAUGAUGGAAGUUAUUUAUUUAAAGAGACAACUUUCCACCAACCCAGUACAUCGCAAGGCAUGCUAAAAUUAUACUUCUUUAGUGUAGUGAAAGGUUUAGAGUUGCAAACUUACUUCUUCUGAGACUAUAAUUACAUGAGCAAGAAUGUCUGCAUAGCGUGUCGCAGAACACAGACAUUUUUCCCCUGAAAAAAUGCAGGAGAUACCACUUGAGAUAGGUUUUUCUGGGGCACUUAAUGUAGUAUUGUGUUGGUUUAUUACUCUUUCAGAACAUUACAGAAAGGCGAAGGGAGCAAAAUCAUUAUCUGGGAAAGAAUUCAUUCCUCUUUUGCCCCCUACACAGAAUAAGUACAAAUAGGGUGUGUGACCACGCUGAGAAUACAGAACAACUUGAAGAGAGAUGCAAGUUUAUAGUUGCUAGGCCACCUUUUCUGUUAACCAGCAUAGAUGUAUUCUUGGCUGUAACCAACCUGAGCAAAAUAAAGCACAAAAUAAAGCAAAACAGCUACAGGCUGUUACUUUGUCUUAGAGUAGAAAAUGAAGACUCUGUAUGUAGUGUUAAUUCUUGGGUUUUGGUUUCUGAUCCUACCACCACUUCUUCUUAGGCUCUUCUUGGAGUGAGAAGGCUGAAUACUUUUAAGUUAGCAAUUCUGGUUAAGUUGCUGUAAUUGUUCCCAGAAUGCUCCUAUAGCAACUGGGGAUGCAGAGAGCUGAGCCAUGAAAAUUAUUAGAGCAGAUGUUGGAGGAUGGUUGAGUAGCUACAGCAAAUAAAAGCUGUACCAGAGCUACUUCAUUUCUUUUACCAAUAGGCUUACUGUACAAUAUUCAGUUUAGAGAGAGCAAAGCACAUAUAUAAGGUAUUGUUUUCAAUUCUUAAUAAAAUACUUUGAGAAACUUAUUUGUGAAGGAGCUUGAGCUAGCUUCUAAGCAGCAGUGAAAUAGUUGAAAUACAACCCUGUUAGUUUGAUUGGUGAAUGUAAAACUUGAAGCAAAUAACAUUUCAGUGGUAGCAGUAGCUGUGAAGACUAGUAAAAACACGCAAAAGCCUGGUAGCAGCUAGCCAAUAAAGAAACAGUAGGCAUGAUCCUCACAUCAGGAAACACAUUAGGCUAUUCAUCUGUCAGAUUUGAAAAGCGGAAAGAAAAGAAAAAUAGCAGAUGAUCAGCUGAGAGGACUCGAUUUCUAUGUACUUGAAAGGUAGGUAUCUAGAAAUACCUGGUUUGCAGAAGAACAGGACAACGAAGUCCAUUAGCAAAGGAUCGUUGGUGACUGCUUUUUGUUAUAAGAACUGAAGGCUUAAUGCAAUUAUACCCAUUUAAUAUGGUGCUUUUCAAGGACUUUGUACAGUUCAUGUCCUUUGGCAGUUAGUUUCAAAGAUUAUAUUACUUCACCAAGUAUACAAGAGAGGUUUAAAACCAAUAUCUUGAUUGUACCUCUAGCCAAAACAUCCAAGGUAAGAUUACAAAAAUAAUUCAUCCUUGUAUUUCAUGCAUUCAGUGCAACAAAUGCAAUGGAUUCAAUUUGGCUACUGGGGAGAAAUUCCAUAUCUACGUUUGCUACAGUACUUUAUAUAAUGCACAUUUGAUGUGUUUGGCAUUUGGUAGAAGACAGAUGUGGGCAGCCUUCUUGAGGCUGGCUGCAGUGUCUAUAGAAGAGAGAUCAUCAAAGAUAUUAAUAUACCUGUUUUCUUCCUCUGAGGGUUAAAUUUGUGUUUCAGAACUCAAAGAUGUAAGAUAAGGUUAAACACUGUACUUAAAAGGUUAGCAUGCAAGACCAAAGCAUCAAAUGCAUAAGUUCUGGUAUCCUAGUUCUUAAAAAGCCUGGUGUGAUACCUGCAUUCACUGUAUGUUCAACCAUAGCUGUUUUCAUUCCGUUUUAAGCUUCUUCCUGACUAUUUUAAAUGAUUUGGGGUUUGAAAAAUUUCAGUACAGAUGGGAAAAGCAUCAGAAAGGCCUCAGACUUGGGAAGAUAACAGCCGAACUCACCAGAUGGUCAGAAAGAGGGAUUUUGCUAUGAGCACUGAAUUUGCUUUAACAAGCACAUUAUUCCCUUUUUUGGCUUUUGGUUAAUUUCCACAGGAGCAGUGAAAAUGUUAUCUGGAGCUUCUGGGCUUUUGGAGUCUUCUUCUGAGAAGGUGGGUACACAUUUGCAUGCCUGGAAUAGUAUCUCUUUGCUUUGGUAUGAGAGCACAUUCUUUUCAUUAUUAAAAUGGUUAAUCAAUGUUAGGAUUUUCAGUAUUCCUAAAUGUUGAACGUGGUGUUCAUGGGUCUGUCUGUAAUGUAAGUUCUUUUGCCAGUGUCCAAGGAGACCGUGUAUGUGUAGAUACUUUUUUCUCUUGUUUAAACAGUACUAUUUUAAAAACAAACAUUAAACAUUUAUGAAACAACA